GUGUAUAGACGAAUUCUAUUGCUCUGCUAGUUUAGUGGAGUGUGACCGUGACAAAAAUUUAUUGAAAACAACGUUGUUGUUUUAAUUAUAUAUGUUUUGUUUUUUCAUUAUAAUAAGAAUAACGCGGUUAUUCUUGAUUUGUUUGCAUUUAUAAUAAUAUAAUUUAUUUAUUUUUUAAAUAAAAGUGAAUAAUUGAUUAAGAAUAGUCACGCACUGAAUGUAGUAGCACAUGGUUCAAGAUGGCGGAAUCAAUGUUACUGACUAAAGGAAAAUCCCCUGCCGGUGGCAGUGGCGAUAAAGAGAACAUUAAUGUGCCUAUUCAGGUUGAAAAGCCUGCUACUGUUUCUAAACAGCCUAUGAAAAAACCAGACAAACCUCAAAAAACUGACAAAGAUCCAACAAAGGAGGUGCUCCUUAUUCUGCGUGAGUUAAACUCAAAUGUCGUACAACAAGGUGAGAAAUUAGAAAAGUUGAAUGGUAGAGUUGACACUCUUUAUGAAUGGUAUGACCACACACCAGAUGUUCAGUUUGAGGGAGACUAUCAUGAAAUUGACGAACAUGAACAGCAGCCUGUUGACAUUAAUUGUAGUAACACUAUUAUAGAUGGUGUUCAGUCAGAAUGUGAACCUGGUAAAAAUUCAAGGCAAUGUUUCAAAGGUUUGUCCGACAAGUUUUUGUUCUCCGAAAAAGUUGACAAUGAAGUCAAUGAUGAUCUUGCUAUGUUUAUCAACACUUCGUUCCGAAGUGGUGUUUCAGAAGAACGUGUGACAGAAAUUUGUAAGGAUGUCCAUAGGCCAGUAAAUUGUGAGGCGUUGACAAAAACGAGGGUAAAUCCAGGAAUCUGGCGCCUUUUGAAACCUCAAACACAAACUGAAGAUGCAAAAAUGCAGUCUAUUCAGAAUAAUGUUGUGAAAGCCUCUAUUAACAUUGCAAAAUUGUUAGAUAAAGAAGGCCAAAAUGUUGACGCUCAGUCGUUAGAGUGGGGAACUAAUGCUCUUGCUUUGCUUGGACAGUCAAACAAGUUAAUAAAUAACAAGAGAAAAGAGUCACACAGGAAUGAUUUGGAUCCAAAGUUCUAUCCUUUGACUUCUCCAAGUUUACCAUUCACUGAUUUCCUGUAUGGUAAUGAAACGGAUGUGAACAAAAAUGUCAAGGACAUACAGGAUAUGAGCAAGAUUGGAAAAAUUGGAAAGUUUUUUCGUGGACGAGGAUAUCGAAAUAUGCCAUAUAGGCGAGGAAUACGGGGCUUCCGAAGAGGUUUUCGGGGCCGUGGAUAUCCUGGUUUCCCUGGUUACAUCAGGACUGAGGACAGAAUUCCAGUGCCUGCAAAAAACCAGAGGGAGGGGCAGAAGAAAUAAGUCAGUUUGAUCGGACGGACUCUGGCGAAGCUCAGGAGGGACAAGGGCGAAUGUAUUAUGAUACUUCCACUGUGGCCAACUCAGAACUGGUGGAACAGUUUCUUGGAACUAUUGAUAGAUAUUCCGUUAGUGAUUCCAGUCGAAAGGACUACACUGAUGAUAGCCAAUACGUCCAAAGUACAUCCUUUGGCAGGCAAACUCCAGUUAGUUGUUUCUCGAUUAUCAGGAAAUCCUUUGAAGACAGACAAAUUCCAAAACGAGCUGUUGACAUCAUGCUUGCUUCAUGGAAACCUUCCACUCAAAAACAGUACUCGGUAUACAUUCGAAGAUGGUUUUUGUUCUGUAGUAAAAGGGAGAUUAAUACACUUCAAGUUACUGUGAAUGAUGUUUUAGAUUUUCUUACACAAUUAUUUGACAGUGGUUUGUCAUAUGACACUAUUAAUAUUGCACGAAGUGCCUUGUCAUCAUUAGGUUUUUUGUUAGACGGUUUUGUGGUUGGCCAACAUCCGUUGAUUAAAAGAUUUCUCAAUGGUGUUUUUAAUUUAAGACCAUCUAAGGCAAGGUAUAAAGAUGUUUGGGAUGUGAAUAUAGUGUUGAAGUAUUUAAAAAAUUUACCUGAUGUAAGGUUAUUGACAUUAAAAAAUCUUACAUUGAAAUUAGCGAUGUUGAUUGCCCUGACACAAGCUAGCCGAGUUCAGUCCUUAAAGUUAUUGACACUUGAGGGCCUUAGGCAAGGUCAUAAUUCUAUUGUGUUACAGUACAGUAACUCUUUAAAACAAUGUAAGCCUGGUAGGCGUGUACCAUAUGUUGAAUUAAAGGAAUAUUUUCCUGAUAAAAACAUUUGUGUUGUACAUACUUUGAGGGAAUAUAUCAAGCGAACUGAACCUUUAAGAAAAGGGGAACAAUUGUUAUUCAUCAGUUAUUUGAAACCAUACCAUGCUGUGACUGCAAGUACUAUUAGCCGAUGGCUUAAAACAGUUAUGCAUUUAGCUGGAAUUGACAUUAACGUUUAUAAAGCUCAUUCAAUAAGAGGUGCAUCAACAUCCAAAGUUAGUCAGUUUGUACCUAUUAAGGAAAUACUAUCUGUUGCGGGAUGGAAUAAUGCUACAACGUUCAACCGGUUCUAUAAUAGAGACAUACAACAGCAAAGAUCCUUCUCGGAUUCUUUAUUGGAUUCUUCACAAUAGGUUGGACAACUACACUGGUAUGUAGAAAUUUCUACAUAUGUCAUAAAUUUUCUCUGUAUUGCUUUAAAGUCUCAUGUGGUCUCGGAAGUAGUAUGACGUAAUAGAAUCCCCCAAACAAACGAAUACUUACCAAGUUGAAGUUUGGUUGGGAUUCUAUGUAGUCAUAUAUCUACUGAAGAGAUCACAUGCCCACCCACAGUGUUAGUUAUGAAAUGUUUUUGUGUAUACCCUCCCAGGAAAUUGUGCACGGAGGUUGUUCUUAAUAUCUAUAUAGGGUGUUUGUGCUCUAUGUUUUCGAAAAUUUAUGGUUUAAAGCUGUUAAGUACUGAUAUUAUGGUCACGGUUCGGCGCGCAUCUCAUGUGAUCUCUUCAGUAGAUAUAUGACUACAUAGAAUCCCAACCAAACUUCAACUUGGUAAGUAUUCGUUUGUUUGGGG